GUUGUUUACUAUUUUAAGUGAGUGCUGUAAUGAAAGAAAUAGUAACUGUCAAGAUAAGUCUUCUUUAUUGCUUUCCUAAAUAAAAAAACCAACAGCAAAAUAAUGAAAUGUUAUUAUUAAAAUGAAUUAUAAACAAGAUAAUGCAGUCCAGUUUAAACAGUGAAAGUCAAUAAAAAGCACGCAUUAAAAUUGUGUACCAUUAGAGAACGUGGUAGUUGAAUUUUAAUUUUAAAAUAUGAUUUAGUUUUUGAGUUUUUGAUAAUUAUAACUCAUGGCUCUUUUGGCUUAUAAUAGAAAGAAACAGUUCCUUGCACCAGACGUAGAGGGGUUGAUAAAACACCUCACUGGUUUUGAGGAAGACAGCAGGAACUAUCAAGAAGUAGCCAAAUUUGCUUAUUCAAACAUCAUCUACCACAAUUUUGCAACCGUUGAUAUUACUGCUGUGAAGAGGUCUAUAGAAGGCAUAGUUGAAAAGUUCAAAAUACAUGGUCUGAACAGCAGAGGGAAAAGACUUCAAGAAUUGGUAGAUAAGUAUGUUGCAUCAGAUUCCAGCCAGCACUCACAGCUGAAUGUACAGUGGCAUGUAUUGCUCCUUCUGUUGAAACUAUCUUACAACCCCACUAGUGUACCAGAACAUGCACUAAAAGUAGACAGAGUUAUCUCAAAACCUUCAGUGCAAGAGGAGGAAAUAGAUUGGCCACUUUACCUUAGUGAAGGCUAUGAACGGUUUCAGUGUCCGAAUGAUCUCAGUGAAGACGAGGAGUUAUGGCAGAGUUCUUCAGAGGAGGAUGUGGAAGAGUCGAGACAUGAGCCUGGGAGGUGUAGCAGUGUGCCACUGCCUCCUGUAUCACGGUCUGAGGCCUUGCGGUCACUAUUACAGGAGGCAGCACAGUCUGAGGAGUGGCUACGACACCAUAUCCAGCAUUCGUGGUGGUGUGACCUGUCCUGCCAGAACAUGUCUGAUUGUAGAGACUCCCUGCCAAACCCAUACAACAUGUGGGAGAACUGCAUGUCAGCCAGAUACAAGAGAGACUCGUUACCUCUCCUGCAGACUCAGGUGGUGUCAGAGUACAAUGUGCUACAGGAGGUGUUGUGGAUGCUACAGGUCUCAACAGAUUCCGGUCUCUUCUGUCUCAACAACGAGGGGCUCUUCCGUGUCAAUCCCUACCUCACUUUGUCCUCCACUACACCAGAUUCACUGAGGCUCUUCCUUGAAGAUAUCUGCCCAUAUUUUGAUAUGAUCAGCAACCUGAGGAAAUUUGAGAAGGAGCUCAGCAAUCAAGAGAUGAGUGAGGAACCUCCUUCUGUAACAUACAAGGCCUACAGUGCUGCCCUCUCUCACCAGUUGAACAACUUGAAUCAAAUGGUUAUAAAAAUACAAACAAAACUCAACAAGCAAGAAGAAACGAUGACGCUAAUAUCGGUACUAGAGGAGUUAACACCUGGGCUACACAUGCUACACUACCUGUAUGAUGUGCACUCUCGAGCCGUAGCGGACUGGUACUCCCAUCCUGCAUGGCUCUGUGCUACCAGAUUGCUGUCGGUGCUAUAUGAGGCUAUGUUGGAAGCUAGUAACCAUAUUUAUCUGGCCGCCACCCUGGACAUCUUCAUGCAUAGUUUUCAUGUUUAUCUGGACAUCAUCGAUGUUUGGCUGUCAGAGGGCAGGCUAGAUGACUGGCGCAAGGAAUUUCUUGUCAUCAGGAAGGAAGGUGUCCUGGAGGUGAUGCCGUAUGAGCAGGAGAUGAGAAAAUGUGGCGUGUCUCCGGUGCCUCUCCUGAGCAAACUGGUGAUCUUGGUGAGAGAUGCUGGCAACACAAUGGAAGUGGUCAGUCAGCUGAAUAAACUUUCAGAGUUGAGGGACAUUGUUCAUAACAAAGGUUGCCUUUUCAAGGAGUUCACUAAAAAUGUGUAUGAUGAAAUUAAAAGACUGAGUGAAAAUAUUGAAGUAGAACUAUCAGUGAAGUCAUUAGAUGUUGUUGUGGAAACGAGUUGCUCUCACGAGGACAGUUCAAGUGGUGAAGAGACCAGUGAAGACUCUGCCAAGACUACAGAUGUUGACUUGGAUACGCAGACUGGUGACUUGCUCUUUGGCACUGACAGCAAUGAGACACUGGUGAGUGAGAAGCAAGAAGAGAAAACAACCAAGAGUGACAAGGAAAUACCCAAUUACCUAGGACAGUUGAGCGAGCAGGCUAUGUACGACCAGACUAUGAGAGCACUGACAGACACCAACCCCUUGUUGACCAAGGCCCUGUAUACGCAGCAUGCACCAGACCAUGAUACUACUCCAACUGCUGAACCUGUGUUCGGAACAAGCCUGGCUGGUCUGAUGUCGGUGCAUAGUGUUCUGGAGACUCAAAUGGAGUUGGUCUCUUCUCGGCACAAAAUAGCUUCCCGUUUGGUUACCGAGACAUUACGACAGCAAUACAGUCUCCAAGAACAUUUCACAGUGCUACGCAGUGUGUUUUUCAUGGAGUCUGGCAACCUUGCUCAGCGCUUCUACACCUACUUGUUCAAAGAGAUAGAAGCAGGCACAUGGAAGAACUCUCUAAGCCUAAGUGCACAGCUACAGGUGUGUGUUGAGGAAUUCUAUCCUGGGUUUGGAAAUCAUUUCUUGGUGCUCAUCCAGAAAGGUGCUGAAAGGACAGAUGAUGUACAUCGAGCCAUACCUGCAAUUUCACUGGCUUAUAGGGUGGAUUGGCCUGUAAGCACAAUCAUCUCACAAGAUACCAUAGACUGCUACAAUAAGGUGUUCAGGUUUCUCUUGUACCUCAAGUAUGCCUCCUCGACACUUGCCAGCCUACACUUCUCAGACCUGUCGACAAGCAGCAAUGUAUUGAGAACCAGACGCCUGCAGGUGCUAAAGUUGUGGAUGUACCACAGCACCAACACCCUGCACUCAUACUUCAUGAGCCAGGUGCUCCACAGCUUCUCUGCACAUCUAGAACAGAGUAUCCUCCUUGCCGACUCCACUGAUAACAUCAUUCAAGCCCAUGUGAAAUUUCUGGGUGAAGUUAAAAUCCACUGCCUUCAAGACAAGAAAACCCAUGUGGAGACAUACAUAAUGAAGUUGUUGAGGUUAUGUUCUUCCCUGAGUGUACACUGGCGGAAGGAAGCUGAUAACUCUCUUAGUGACUCUGACAUCCAGACCCUGGAGGAACACUACCUGUCAUCCUAUCGUGGGCUGGUUCAUUGUCUGGAUGUGAUCACAGCAGAGGGCGAGAAGGACAGCUUCUUAUGUGAACUAUGGAGUGAAAUAUCCCAUAGUGUUCCGGACCCAUACUAUGCUGAAAAUAUAUGAACUACCAUCCGUUAUCAGUUGUGUUGAAUUAUGUAAAUAAAUUGUGUAAGUUAUUAUUAUUAAAUGCAUUGCAUAUAAUGUGUAUUUUUUAUAUUAAGGCAUGUUUCAUUAAUUUGUUUACUAUGUUUGUUAGCUAUAUUAGCUUUAUAAACACUUUAAUAUUUGUCACAAGUUGUUAAUAUUUGUUUUAAUAAAAUAGUAAAAAUAAAAAAAUUAUUUUCAUAAAAUAUAAAA